GCCUCAGUUAAACAUUAGGAGGGUAGCAGUGAUCCAACUUCCAUGAUGUUAGACAACGAUGAGUUCAUGUUGGAGACUUCCCCCCGGGAGCUCACCCAGAACCCGCUUAGGAAGAUCUGGAUGCCGUGCAAAAACGGGCACAUAGCUCAGAGACGGGUGUGUAUGACAAACUGUCCGACCCUUAUUGUGACUGUUGGACUUCCAGCUCGAGGGAAGACUUACAUUUCAAAGAAGCUCACACGCUACUUAAACUGGAUAGGUGUGCCAACCAAAGAGUUCAACGUUGGCCAGUACCGGAGGGAGUGUCUAAAGAUCUACAAGUCCUUUGAGUUCUUCCGUCCAGAUAAUGAAGAGGGGUUAAAAAUCAGACGCCAGUGUGCGUUGGCAGCACUUAAUGAUGUUCGGCAGUACCUGAGUGUGGAAGGAGGACAGGUGGCGGUGUUUGAUGCCACAAAUACAACAAGAGAAAGACGAGGAACCAUCAUCAAGUUCGCUGAGCAGAAUGGAUUCAAGGUAUUUUUUGUGGAGUCUGUGUGUGAGGACCCAGAUGUUAUUGCACAAAACAUAGUGCAAGUUAAGUUGGACAGCCCAGACUACAUACACUGCAACACAGAGGAGGUCAUUGAGGACUUCAUGAAGAGGAUCAAGUGUUACGAGUCCUCCUACCAGCCUCUGGACGAGGUUCUGGACAGGGAUCUGUCCUACAUAAAGAUCAUGGACGUGGGCUGUCGUUACCUGGUGAACCGCGUCCUUGACCACAUCCAAAGCCGAAUCGUCUACUACCUGAUGAACAUUCACAUCACGCCACGCUCCAUCUACCUGUGUCGCCACGGGGAGAGCGACCUCAACAUCAAGGGACGGAUCGGAGGAGACUCUGGCUUGUCCGCCAGGGGAAAAGAGUUUGCCAAAAGUCUGAGGAAAUUCAUCCAGGACCAGAACAUCAAAGAUCUGAAAGUGUGGACCAGCCAGAUGAAGAGGACAAUUCAGACAGCGGAGUGCCUGGGAGUGCCAUAUGAACAGUGGAAGUCCCUCAACGAAAUAGAUGCUGGUGUGUGUGAGGAAAUGAUGUACGAGGAGAUCCAAGAGCAUUACCCUCUGGAGUUUGCACUGAGAGACCAAGACAAGUACCGCUACCGCUAUCCUAAAGGAGAGUCUUAUGAAGACCUGGUGCAGCGACUGGAGCCUGUGAUCAUGGAGUUGGAGAGACAGGAGAAUAUUCUGGUCGUUUGUCACCAGGCCGUCAUGCGUUGUCUUCUCGCAUAUUUCCUGGACAAGACUGCAGAUGAGUUGCCUUACCUUAAGUGUCCUUUGCACACGGUUUUGAAGUUGACCCCCAUGGCUUACGGAUGUAAAGUGGAGUCUGUCUAUUUAGGCGUGGAUUCUGUGAACACACAAAGAGACAGGCCAGAGGUAGGUAUCCCAGGCAGCACACAGAAAUGUCUCUCAGCAGACGACGUAGAAAACUUGAAUCCGCUUCAGGGUUGAUUCACCUCACUGCACAUCUUGUACCGGGGACUCAAGCAGGAGAAUGCCUCGCAGUGAACACUUUAACUGUAAAAGCUGUGUGUGACUUUCUUUGGUUUCUGGAGAGGCACAUUGUAUGUCUUCCAUCAUAUUUAUCCUGCAUCUCCCUCCUGAAGCAAGGCUUCACAGUCAGUGCUGAUCCGUCCCUCUCUUCUUAUUGCACAGAGAAUGUAAAUCUUUCACACAUGGCAGAGGAAACCGUGUUCAGUCUCCAUCUCCCAGUGAUCGCUGACAGCAAUCAAGACAACUGUGACAUCACUUACCAUUGACACUCCUACCUCCAUCCUGUCAGCAGUGACUUUUCUCUCAUUUCAUUUUUUGCCUUUCAGUCGGAGCAGAAAUGGGCUUUUUCCUACAUUGGCCCUGAGAGCUCAACGCACUGCAACUUUAGAAAACACAUUAAAUAAGACAAAAUGCUAAGAAAACACAACCCUGCAAAUCUCACAGAACACAAUGGAAAUUAGUAAAACAAAAGAGGCUGGCUAUAUUAACCUCUUAGCAUUCCACCCCCUUUUUAAAAGGGGAUGGAUGUUCAGGGGUAGAUUAAAGGUCAACAGUAUACGCCACAUAGAAGUGGUGUACAUCAUCUGAAAGCUGGGAACCUGAAGAUAAAUUGGAGAUGCAGCUCAGCACUGUGUGUCAGCUUGUUCUAGUCAUAAAUCAGAAAUAAAAAAUGAUUAGGGCGAUCCAAUAGCCGUGUGAUUAGGGUGCAUACCACAUGGGUGCAAAUGCCCUGGGCAAUUAGUCGCUGGUUCGAUUCCCAACUGGCCGGACCGUUCGCUGCAUGUUAUUCCCCUGCUCUCUUUUCCAACAUUUCCACUAUCAAAUAAAGGCAUAAAAUGCCUAACAAAUCUUCUUUAAAAAAAAAUAUUGUGAAGGUGUAUGGCAUAGCUGCUAUGCUCACUUAUGUUUCAUAAGUUGUUGCAGCAAUUUUUGGGUUGAUACCAUUUGUUACACAGAUUUGGUGCUAAAUUUAACCUUUUUUUACCACUCGAAAAUUGAUAAAAAUGGGUCGGAAAUUCCUCCAUAACACCACAUUAAGACACCAAAACCUUGAGGAACAGCAUAGAAAAAUGUAUGCUGUGAUUUUGGUUAAGAUGUUUUCUCCAUUUGCUUGUGUUUUGACUAGUUGCAGGGCGCGGAGUUUUUUCUCCCCUUACAUCUUUGUGGGGUUAGGGUUAGCGCUCUUGUGCGUCUAUAUUUGUUAGGACCAAUUUGACUUAGACCUUGGGAGUGAGGACAUUUGGGCUGGACCUUUUAAAGGGCUGUUUGAGGGUCCAGACUUGGUUUUAGAGUCAAGGUUAAAAUUAGGUUUAAAUUCAGUUUAGGGUAAGGGGCUAGGGAAUGCAUUGUCAAUGAGGUUCCUCACAAGUAUAGAAGUAUAUGUAGCCCGUAUAAGCCAUUGUAAAUAUCAGCUUUCUCAUUUGCUUUCUUCUGUGCAUGCGUGCGUGUGUAAAUCUGUCUUUAAAUACCAUGUAGUUUUUUGUUUUUUAACAAUGAAUGUUACCCUGAUUUAAUUAAAAUAAAGCCUGUUUUUUAUACUUCUGCAUACAAAUGACAAAUAUAUUUACCUCAACAUGCUGCAUAUGAAUUGACGCACAAUAUAAUUUUCAUUGCAGUAAGUUAUUUUAAGCUAAUCUUUGUAUCUAUGUUAACACUUGUUUACUGUUUAAAUGUGAAGGGUUAAUGUGAAAUGCCCAACAAAAUUUGAAUCACUAACCUCCGCUCGAAUCAAGACGUUCACUGUUUACUAUACCAUCAUUAAUAGUGUUAACUGGUUGUUGGAGAACACACAUGCUUAAAUUAUUUAAUCAAAUGUAAACUAACAGAUUUUUUUGUGUUUGUGAAGGUUAUUAUAAAUAUAAAAAUCCAAAUUGGAAAAAUAAACAUUCUCCGGUUACUUUUUUCUGUUGAAUACAUCAGUGAUCAGUUAUGUUGUCACUCAGACAAUGACUAGAAUGUGUCUAGAAGUACAGCUCUCUAUGUCGAACACACACACACACACACACACACACACACACACACACACAGAGAGUAAGGGUAUGAGUAGGACAUUGAAUGAUUUGUCUCAGUAAAGCAGUAAUGUAUGAAUACUUAUGAACAAUGAGCAUGUAUUAAUGUCCAUAAUGUAAAUCUACCUUUUAAGAGAUGUAUUUUAUGACAAGCUGUAAUUUACAGUACAAACCACUAACAGCACUCACAAGGUCCAUUCAUAUCCUAUACUAGAUGAAAGCAUGAAUUUUGCCUUCAUUUAACUAAUUGUAUCCGAGUCAUUGUGUUGAUCGAUACGUGAAUAUCAAGCUAUUAUUCAAUGAGCAAAAGUAAAUUUGUAAAUGUCUGAUAAGUAAUGUAGGAUUAUUUUCUC